GAUACAAGAAAUCACCUUGAAUUAGCAGCGACAAGACCAACCGCUGAAAGUGGAGACCGACAGCCCGCUACUAGACCAAGAAAAAACGACAAAUGCUUCCAAUGCGGGGAGUAUGGACAUAUCGCCAGAUAUUGCGAUAAAAGACCAGUGGAUAACCAAGAACACCUAAGACGACCAAGGAGUGUUAAACAUUACGAAUUAGAAGGGGAUGAUGACUACGAAAUCGAAGAAUAUGAUGAGCAAAGAGCCAGGAGAAAACCAGACAGGGUACCAUCAACGGAAGUAGAGAUCCAUGAAGACGAACUGAUGGACUUAGACUUAGAAGAAAUUCCUAAGCUGCGCAAGAAAAGAGGACCGUCCGUAGUAGAUUCACUGACGUCAUACAACAUAGCCGACGACGUCCUCACCCUAAAAUCAAACAUUACGUUGGGACAGCUGCUACAAUACCCAAACCAGUGCAGGAACCUAGCCAAAAUAUUGAGGAGACCAGUACAACAACCUCAAGAAACUAACUAUGUUAC